AUGGCCAACAAAUACUCGGUUAUUCUCCCAACGUACAAUGAAAGGGAAAAUCUUCCCAUCAUCACGUAUCUUCUAGCUAAGACUUUUAAAGAGAACAAGCUCGACUGGGAAGUUGUCAUUGUGGAUGAUAAUUCCCCAGAUGGUACUCAAGAGGUUGCCAAGCAAUUGGUUAAGCUUUACGGUGAAGACCAUAUUAACUUGCAGACAAGAGCAGGAAAAUUGGGUCUUGGUACUGCGUACAAGUUUGCCUUGGACUAUGUUAAGGGAAAUUUCGUGAUUAUCAUGGAUGCAGACUUUUCACAUCACCCUGAAGCCAUUCCUCAAUUCAUAGCCAAGCAGAAAGAGAAUGAUUAUGAUAUUGUCACUGGAACGAGAUAUGCCGGAAAUGGGGGUGUUUAUGGUUGGAACUUCAAAAGAAAAUUGAUUUCUCGGGGUGCCAACUUCCUCGCCAGCCAGUUACUUAGACCUCACGUUAGUGAUUUGACAGGUUCAUUCAGAUUGUACAAGAAGGAAGUGCUAGCGAAGAUUAUUGAGGUCACCCAGUCCAAAGGAUACGUUUUUCAGAUGGAGAUGGCCGUUAGAGCUAGAUCCUUAAACUUUACUAUCGCUGAGGUGCCUAUUGCAUUUGUCGAUAGAUUGUAUGGACAGAGUAAGCUCGGAGGAGAUGAGAUCAUUGGAUACUUGAAGGGAUUGUGGACCUUAUUUACGAGUGUUUAA